AGGUUUCCAUGUACGUUUCUGUUGCCUCUUCCCUGAGAAUGACCUGAGGUAGCGCCUUUGUACCCCUCUACACUAAAAACCAUAGGAAUGCUUCUGGCGCCUGCGUUGUAAGUAUGCACAAAUCAUUUCUUUCAAAGUGACGUUUUUCCCUUGACAGAUAAACAACUUGCUAGUUUGUUGCUGUCGAUUUUAGCUGACAGCAUCAUAUGACAUUCCUCCUUGUGUUCUGCUUGUAAUGGAUCAUGACUCACAUUCCCCGCUUUCAAUAUUUUCUUGCUUCCGCAAAUACUAGAACUUCUAGUAGUUGGAAUAAGCCUAAACGUCCACUUCAGUUCUUCCUUCAGUGAUAAAAUAACAUGUCCUCGGUCACCAAGCAUAUCGUAAUUGCAUCGCUUUUCGUCCCUUUUCAAGGGAUUGAGCUCGUUGGUGCCCAAAAUGCAGACUUGCAGGCAAUGUUGGACAAACACAACAUCUAUCGGUGUAUGCACAACAUUCCCUUGCUGUCCUGGAGUGCGGACAUCGCAGCAAAAGCACAAUCUUGGGCCGACAAUGGCGCCUACCAGCAUUCCACACAGGCGUUUCGUACGCUGGGUGAUGGAACUAGGCUAGGCGAGAACCUUGCGAUCGGCAGUAGUAUGACUGGGGCAAAAGCAACUAAAGCGUGGUACGAUGAAAUUCGGUAUACAGAACCGUAUGGCACUGCAGACAGCAUGACGGACACGACCGAUGCGUCGCAGGCGAUUGGCCACUACACUGCGAUGAUCUGGAGCGACACUACGCAAAUCGGCUGUGGGAAAGGCACGGCGACCUUCAGCGGAACGACGGGUAAUUACUACGUUUGCCAGUACGCCACUGCCGGAAACGUUGCGGGGCAAUUCUCGGCUAAAGUGACGGCACCGACUAAACCGGUGACGCAAUGCGGCGGUACGGCUGCAGACACUCCGGGAUACAACGAUGGUCUAAGCAGGGGCACAGCGGGAGGCUUCAAUCCAGCGAAUCUGCCAUCAGCAUGCACACCUUCACCCCCACUGUUACGAGGCAAAUUGAAUUCUAACAUCAAAAGUAUGGUCAUUUGUAGUUCUAGUUCAUCGUAGCCGCGUGUAAUAAUUAUUUCACAGCGCCGGCAUGAAGAUCGAUUCCGAUUGGCUAUUAACCGCAGCGCCUUGUGAUGAUUAUUUCACGACGAUAGCGCUGUGCUGAGUGAUUUAUUACCUCUUCGCAUCAUAGCAUCUUGUUGUAAUGAUUAUCUCACGACGUAGUGGUCGUUGGCAACAUGAGCACUUGCACUUGCUUUUGUGCCAACUACAGCCUUGCGGCCCAGCUAUUUCGUUGUCUAAUCCUACCUGUCGGCGGACUUUGCGUUUAUGGUUACCAGUGUGCUUCCCAGUUCUGCUGCCCCUACCUGAAGGUGUGCCUCAGAAACCCAACUCAGGUGAUCAACAGUAACCAGAUAACUGUGGAGGCCAGCGUCAAGGCGUCUGAGAAUUUGGUCAACGUUAUCUUUCGGGGUGGCCGCACGUGCAAAGACCCUCAUGCGAAUAGAGGGCAGUGCCUACAGGACAGUUCCGGUUUGCCCCUAGCAACCUGGGACCAGUCCCGUUGUCAGUGCAAGAGUGCCUACAUGACGCACUACAAUGCCGGGACCUGGGUGACGCUCAACAACGUUGCAGGGUUAACCUGCGUCAAACAGUCUUCCGGUUCCACGACAUCUUCUUCCGAUUCUGGCUUGAGUGGUGGCGCGAUCUUUGCUAUUAUCCUUUCCGUUUUCCUGGUUCUGAGUUUUGCUGCCUAUGUGGUUUAUUUUGUCGUAGUCACCAAGAAGGCGAACCAAGCAGUGACAUUUGCGGCUUUUUGGGCGCAGAUCAGGGCAGAUGCGGCAAAGUCCAAGUCGUGUUGCCAACGCGACCAACAGUUGGGUGCAAAUAUAGGAAACAAAGUUUAGUCACGAUUGGUUACUGAUGAUACGAGUUAAGUACUUUCUUCAAAAGACACAUUCACAUACACAUUUACUAGGACUAGUAAGUACAAUGUUCUGACUAUCGAUAAACUUUCCUCAAUUAUACGAGUGAAAAUGGCACUUCACGCCUCUGUACAGAAGAGAAAGCAAAGCUACUGCUGAAGGCCGAGGUCUAUUCCAUCUCCAUGACCAUACACUCGUGAUAUUCUUUGCCUACAAAUCGACUUUACUAUCUUCUUCUCCUGGAGGGAAAACGAAAAAUGCCUUUGCGUUUGCGCAAACCAACGCUCUAUAUCCAAAAAUGAACAACAACAAUAAAUCGAUUUCAGAAUGGUAACGAGUUUAUUUAAAAAACGUGACGAUCUUCUCGCUCACGGAUUUUUCUCCCCGUGCAUAAAGAGGAACUAGAUGGGCUCACUUCUUUGCAGGCUGAUCAUCGCUUUAGCGUGUCAGGUAGCAAGAGUUUUCCAUCCUCGGGACAUAGAGUGGUGCCAAGCUGGAUGCAUGAAGCGUAGGAGGCAAAAAUAUGUGACGGGUACGAGCAGUAGGACAGUUGAGUCUGAAAAAGGAAUGUAAUAUUAUCUCAUCUACACUGAAAUAAUCUGAUGAAUCUUGUGAUGUCUUGUUUUCGAUGAUGGUGAUAUUGCAAGAUCGAGAACGAGGUGGACAUUAUAUUAGAGUUUUUCACGGUGCGGGACCAGGAGAGUAACCUGCACCGAUACAGUAUUCUUUCUCCUGAACGGAAUCCAAUUCCAAACCAGGUAUCUUAGUCCCUCCUCCUAAGCUUUCUGCUAUGCUUCACUAUCCGUUGUUCUCUCUUAAGUCACGA